CGCAAGAUCGUCACGUGCGAACGCGAUAAUGUUUUUCGAAAGUUUUCUUUUAAAUCUAGCGGUUCUUGCCGUUCUAAUUGUGGCCCUUACAUUUGACUACGUUACAAAAUUCUUCAGCUACUGGUACAUCAGACAAAUACCCAAUAGAACCCCGGUACCCUUCUUCGGUACGGAUUACUACAGAAUUUUGGGACUGCGAAACACAACUGAAGAAAUUAACCAACUUUAUAAAGAAAAUGCUAAAGAGAAAUACAUAGGAUGUAUCAAGAGUAGAAUACCAGAUUUGAUCAUCAAGGACCCGGAUUCAGUACAAAAGAUUAUGUCUACAGAUUUCUCGAAUUUCCAUUGCCGAGGGUACGGGCUGGACAGAUCUCGGGAUGUUUGUCUACGAAACAAUUUGUUUUAUGCCGAAGGUGAGAAAUGGACUCUAUUGAGAAGGAAAUUUGAGCUAUUACUGAAUACCAUGAAUGUUAAAAUUGAAGAUAGUUUACAUGACUGUUUGUCAGGAACCAAUGGAGAUGCGAACGUUCAACAAUUAUUGUCUGGUAUAUUGGAUGUUGUGUUUAAAGAUUUGCUUAUAGAUAAUACUUCAGAGGAUUCUUCUAUUAUAAAGAAUACUAGAGAAACAAUGCAAAAGCGUACAUUGUUUGGACAACUAAAAAGCUAUAUGAAGGAUAUUUUUCCUUCAGUGUACGUUAUGUUGAGAUUGAAUAUUCUGCCCGAACAAUAUUUUAACAAAUAUGUCCAUGUUAUCAAAGACUCUGCACUGAUGAAAGAUAUUGAAAAGACGGAAUCAAUAUCCCAAGAGGAAAUAUACAAUGAUAAACCAUACAAAAAGGGAUCCGAUUUGGAGACGGCCUAUUCUUAUUUGACUCUUUUCAUUGGAGAAGGUUAUAUACCAUGUCAUUACGUACUUACUGCUUUGUUGUUUGAAUUAGCAAGGAAUCCUGAAAUACAACAAAAGGCUAGAAAUUGUGUACAAAUGUCUGAGGAAAAUGAUUACUUAGACAUGACUUUGAAAGAAGCUCUAAGGCUGUAUCCAGCAUAUUCAGUGAUCACAAGAAAAUGUGUUAAAACUUAUACCUUUCCGGGAAAAAAUUUACUCAUCGAUAAAGGAGUGACAAUAAAUUUACCUGUAGAAGCCAUUCAUAGAGAUGAAAAGUAUUACGAAGGAGCAAAGGACUUUAAUCCCGAGCGAUUUUCGAAGAGCGACGAUUUCAGUAAACUUACUUAUUUGCCUUUUGGUGCUGGACCUAGAAAAUGCAUUGGUGAACAAUUAGCAUUACGUAUCAUUCGGGCAGUGACUGCUAAUAUUCUGAGGAAAUAUCAAAUUGGAAUUUGUGAUUCCACACCGGAAAAAAUUAAAGUGACUGAUCAUAACUUUUUAAGAAUCGUAGACAACGAUGUUUGGUUGAGAUUCCUACCAAUUUCAUAGAUGUUAACUUUAAAUGUUUAUCAAUGUUUAAAUUGAAUUAUUUAUUAUUA